AAAAAGAAAAAUACUUGGGAAAGAAAAGAGUCUUAGCAGCAUCAGCUCGACCUCAAAUCUGAUCCACCAUCGUCACUUUCUCCCGGCGAAUUCCGUUUUGUCGAUUUAAGUAACGAGAUUUGGGCAAGAUGACUCAGGACGUGGAGAUGAAAGAUAACAAUACACCUUCUCAAUCGGUCAUCUCUUCUUCUACCUCCACUAUGCAGCAUUUGAAGGAGAUUGCAGCAUUGAUCGAUACCGGGUCUUACACGAAGGAGGUUCGUCGUAUUGCUCGUGCUGUGCGUCUCACUAUAGGGCUUAGGCGGAAACUCACCGCCUCUGUGCUCUCUUCUUUCCUGGAUUUUGCUUUGGUUCCAGGAUCCGAAGCUCACUCUCGCCUUUCUUCCUUUGUUCCUAAGGGUGAUGAACAUGACAUGGAAGUUGAUACAGCUUCAUCGGCUACACAAGCUGCUCCUUCUAAACAUCUACCUGCAGAGCUCGAGAUUUACUGCUACUUCAUUGUUCUUCUUUUUCUGAUUGAUCAGAAAAAGUACAACGAGGCUAAAGCUUGUUCUUCAGCAAGCAUUGCUCGUCUCAAGAACGUUAACCGAAGGACCAUUGAUGUGAUAGCAUCAAGACUCUACUUUUACUAUUCUUUGAGUUACGAGCAAACCGGUGAUCUUGCUGAAAUUCGCGGUACUCUUCUUGCGUUGCAUCAUUCUGCAACGUUAAGACAUGAUGAAUUGGGGCAGGAAACUCUUCUGAACUUGUUACUACGAAACUACCUUCAUUAUAACCUCUACGAUCAGGCGGAGAAGCUAAGGUCAAAGGCACCUCGCUUUGAGGCUCAUUCAAACCAACAGUUUUGUAGGUACCUGUUCUACCUCGGGAAGAUUCGUACGAUUCAGCUCGAGUAUACUGAUGCGAAAGAGAGCCUCCUUCAGGCUGCCAGGAAAGCCCCUAUAGCAGCUUUGGGCUUCAGAAUUCAAUGUAAUAAAUGGGCAAUUCUGGUUCGUCUGCUACUGGGGGAGAUACCGGAACGGUCGAUCUUCACGCAAAAGGGAAUGGAGAAGGCCCUCAGGCCUUACUUUGAGCUUACUAAUGCGGUUAGGAUUGGUGACUUGGAACUGUUUAGGACAGUCCAGGAGAAGUUCUUGGACACAUUUUCUCAAGACAGAACGCACAAUCUCAUCGUGAGACUCCGCCACAAUGUCAUCAGGACUGGACUGCGCAACAUAAGCAUCUCAUACUCGAGAAUCUCUUUACCCGAUGUUGCCAAAAAGCUGAGGCUUAACUCCGAAAACCCUGUGGCUGAUGCGGAAAGCAUCGUGGCAAAGGCCAUUCGUGAUGGAGCGAUUGAUGCGACCAUCGAUCACAAAAACGGAUGGAUGGUCUCCAAAGAAACUGGGGACAUCUACUCAACGAAUGAGCCACAAACUGCAUUCAACUCAAGAAUUGCUUUCUGCCUCAACAUGCAUAACGAAGCUGUCAGAGCAUUGAGGUUUCCUCCUAACACUCACAAGGAGAAAGAGAGCGAUGAGAAGAGGAGAGAGAGGAAGCAACAAGAAGAAGAGCUUGCUAAGCAUAUGGCCGAGGAAGACGAUGAUGAUUUUUAGACAAAGGUAGAGUCUACUCUCAGUCUGUCUCUCUUCUUUUCUAUUCACAAGUUUACAUUGUACGCUGCUCAUCGUUCUAAGUGUUUUAUUGAGGUGUUUUAUCCUCCGGAACCUUUUUAUUACUUCGGUUUCAUUUUAGGAAAAGAGAUUUAUGUUGUUGGUUUCAGAAGAUUAGAAUCUUUUCAA